CGGAAACAUUUAAUAUGGAAAAGAGCCCGCAUUCCUCUUGCAACUCACUUGAAAUUCAGUGCUGGAAACUGCUUUAUAUGUGACUGAAUCUUUUGUAGCUGCCUGCUUUUUGAAAGGAGAGUAAGCUUUAUAUCUGCACAAAAUCUGGAAGAAAUAUUAACUGUGACCAGAUGAAAUUUGUAAGCUAAAAGAUGUGUCAGCAGAGAGGCAUUGCUUUAGGUUUCCCGUUGCAGCUAUCGCUUUAAGACCAUCUACGUGCUGCGCCACGGUGCAGAAGCUUCUCUUGAGAGCGAGGGAGACAUAGCCGGGCUUUAAAAACAAGUAGCAGGGGGACGUGAAUGCAGCCUUAGACUAGCAGGAAACCAAAGGUGGAAAAUCUGGGUUUUCAGUCCAGGCUUAGGCAACACAGUCCUUAUUAAUUAAAAUAAUUCUUCUGCAGAGGGGCUGAGUGGAUCUUCAAGCAGGCUGCCAGACACUGAGAACUCGGCACCCGCCAGCUGUGGGAAGUGGUAGCGUGUGACAUUUCAGAAGAAAGGAUUUCUUCAUGUUUCUUCCUGGCCAUGUGACUGUGGCAGAAUCCUCUUGAUUCAAAGGAAGUUUUAGUUUCUGACUGUGGGUAACCUUCCUUCUGAAGAAGCCAACUGGGAAAUGUGAGCCACUUCCCUUGCUGCUCACCUCUCAGACCCAGACCUGUCGCGGUAAGACUUAGGAGGAGCGCUGUUUUGGAGGAAAAGCCCUGAAGAAUUCCCAGAGGUCCUGUGCAGCAGCCCCUCGAGGAUCGGAUCUUUACGCCGACAGUCUCAGCUGUGUACAGCACUGUAACACAAGUAGCAAGACAGCCGGGCCCUCCUGCCCCAUCCCCUUACUCUGCACAUGAAAUAAAUAAGGGACACCCAAAUCUUGCUGCAACACCUCCGGGACAUGCAUCGUCCCCUGGACUUUCACAGUCAGAAAACAAGUGAAAACGAAGUGCUGGCAUUUUCUGAAGGGUGCCUUAAGCCUAUCGAGGGGUGCCUGGAGUCUAAAAGCAUUGAAAACCACUGGCAUAGAGGUUGGUUACAGGCUCCGUACCCCUCAGGACAGAAUGCAGCUCCAACCACGUUGGUGUACCCCCAAGCCCCUCAAACAAUGAACACACAGCCUCAAACGCGCUCUCCGCCCAGCAGAACAGUGCCAAUACAUUGCACAGACAACUGGAAGAGGAGGAAGGUUUUGGAACAGAGUCCGGUUUACAGGUCCCUGGCUGGAAGAGGCUGGAUAAAAUACUGCAUUUUUGCAGCGGGGCCUCGACCUGCCCAUCACCAGUUUUUUCAGAGGCCUCAAAUACAGCCUCCAAGAGCUACCAUCCAGAACAGCAGCCCUUCCAUCCGUCCUGGUGCACAAACACCAACUGCAGUGUAUCAAACCAACCAACACAUCAUGAUGGUUAACCACCUGCCAAUGCCGUAUCCAAUGCCCCAGGGCCCCCAGUACUGUAUACCACAGUAUCGUCAUAGCGGUCCUCCGUACGUGGGGCCUCCGCAGCAGUAUCCUGUUCAGCCACCGGGGCCAGGCCCAUUUUAUCCAGGACCGGGUCCUGGAGAAUUCCCCAAUGCUUAUGGCACCCCUUUUUACCCAAGUCAGCCAGUGUAUCAGUCAGCACCCAUCAUAGUGCCUACACAGCAGCAGCAGCCUCCCCCAGCUAAGAGAGAGAAAAAAACGAUCCGAAUCCGGGAUCCAAAUCAGGGGGGCAAAGACAUAACAGAAGAAAUUAUGUCCGGAGGAGGCAGCAGAAACCCUACGCCUCCCAUCGUGAGACCCACCUCCACACCUACUCCACCUCAGCAGCUGUCCAGCCAGGUCCCAGAGCACAGCCCUGUGGUUUAUGCGACUGUUGAGAGCACUCCUCUCGCUGCCACCACCACAGUUACUGCGACUAGCGACCCGAAACAAGAAGAGAAGCCAAAACCAGAUCCAGUAUUAAAAUCUCCCUCCCCAGCCCUCAGACCAGAGCCCAGCGGAGAGAAGAAAGAUCAAGCUGGCCAGACGUCUGAGGCUGCUGUGGUAGAAACAACACCAGACGUUCUUCCAGCUGCCUCGCCACCCCCUGUUGCUCCUGUUGCGGUGGUUUCUGCCCCUCCUGCUGCUGCUGCUGCCCCUCCCGCUGCUGUCACCAUACCAAGUAAAUCUACACUCAUAGUUGACUCAGAGGAGAGAGAGGAACUACCUUCCCCAAAAGAGGAAGCAAUGCCUAUAUCCAAUGCCGCACCCUUCACAGAAACACCAGAUCCUUCACCAACAGAAGAAGCUGAUGUCGAAAUGUGCAAGGAGCCUAGUAGUGUAGCGCCUAGUGAUAUUCCAGUGACUGCUAGUACUAAUCUAAUUAAUGAAAUGAAUGGAGUUAGUGAAAAAGUGACUGCUACAGAAGGUAUAGUAGACCUAGUCCAACAGGAGGAAGCACCAUUGACUGUUGAAUUGGAGCUACCAGAAGCCCCACCUGCAGAAGUGGAUAGUGUACCACCUGUCAUUGCUCUUCCCACUGCUCCUUCUCCUCCUCCCACCCCUCCUCCAACUCCUCCAUCUCCUCCUCCAGUUUCUGUUGCUGCUGCUGUUACCACUACAACUCCUCCUUCUCCAUCUCCUCCUCCUCUUCCACCUCCUGGUGCCCUCCCUGUUAUUCAGGGAGAUUUAGAAGGAGAGGAGAGCACAAGAACUACUGUUAGUGAAGAGGUAAAAGAUACUCAAAAGAAAGAGGACACAGAAGCAGAUGGACAACCAGAGGAAAUUGCAGAGUCUCCGAGUUUAAAUUCCAGAAAGAGUCCUGUACCAGCCCAAACAGCUGUAACUGCACCAAAGACGUGGAAGAAACCAAAAGAUCGGACCCAAGCCACUGAGGAGGUGUUGGAGGCGGAAACAGAGCCUAAAGUAGAAGAGGAACUUUCAGGUGACAAAGUACUUGAAUCUGAGCAGGAUAAAAUGAGCCAUGGGUUUCAACUGGAGAGAGACCCCUCUGAACUUAAAAAAACAAAAGCUGUGGAAGAAAACGGAGAGCAGGAAGUGGAGCCUGUACGUAAUGGUGCUGAGAGCGUGUCAGAGGGUGAAGGACCUGAUGCUAACUCGGGCGUCACAGAAGGUUCCACGGAAGGGCCAGGAUACCAGUAUAAACCAGAGCAGUGGAAACCCGUGGAUCCUGAAGGAAAGAAGCAGUAUGAUAGGGAGUUUUUGCUGGACUUCCAGUUCAUGCCUGCAUGUAUACAGAAGCCAGAAGGGCUGCCUCCCAUAAGUGAUGUGGUCCUCGACAAGGUGAGAGGAGACCCAAUAAAACAGAUUAAUCAGCCAAAAUUGCCAGUGAGAACUCUGGACCCUCGGAUAUUGCCUCGGGGACCAGAUUUCACACCAGCCUUUGCCGAUUUUGGGAGGCAAGCAUCCGGUGGAAGGGGCGUAUCUGGAAGUGCCUGCAAAAUGCAGAGCAACCCUGGAUUGCCUUCUCUGGCUCGAUGUGGUACCCCAGCAUGCCCUCUGUUGGUCUCGUCUCACCCACCAUUGAGGAACCUGCCGAUGGGGUUGUUGAAUGUUGGACCGAGGAGAUCUCAGCCAGGCCAGAGAAGGGAGCCCAGGAAGAUCAUCACUGUGUGUGUGAAAGAAGAUGUCCACUUGAAGAAAGCAGAGAAUGCUUGGAAGCCAAGCCUGAAAAGAGACAGCCAAGCCGAGGACCCAGAAAAUAUCAAGACCCAGGAGCUGUUCCGCAAGGUACGAAGCAUCUUAAACAAGCUGACGCCGCAGAUGUUCAAUCAGCUAAUGAAACAAGUAACGGACCUGACGGUAGACACAGAAGAGAGGCUGAAAGGAGUCAUUGACCUGGUGUUCGAGAAAGCCAUUGAUGAACCCAGCUUUUCUGUUGCUUAUGCAAACAUGUGUAGAUGUCUUGUGACGCUGAAAGUACCCAUGGCAGACAAGCCCGGGAGCACAGUCAAUUUCCGCAAGUUGUUACUGAAUCGUUGCCAGAAGGAGUUUGAAAAGGACAAAGCUGAUGAUGAUGUCUUUGAGAAGAAGCAGAAGGAACUUGAAGCUGCUUCUGCUUCAGAAGAGAAGACACGGCUCCGGGAUGAGCUAGAGGAGGCCAAGGACAAGGCUCGGCGGAGAUCCAUUGGAAACAUCAAGUUCAUUGGCGAGCUCUUCAAACUGAAAAUGCUGACUGAGGCCAUCAUGCACGACUGUGUGGUGAAGCUGCUUAAGAAUCACGAUGAGGAGUCCCUGGAGUGCCUUUGCCGCUUGCUGACUACCAUUGGCAAAGACUUGGACUUUGAGAAAGCAAAGCCUCGUAUGGACCAGUAUUUUAAUCAGAUGGAAAAGAUCGUGAAAGAGAGGAAAACGUCCUCCAGAAUUCGGUUCAUGCUUCAGGAUGUCAUAGACCUAAGGCUGUGCAACUGGGUGUCGCGGAGAGCAGAUCAAGGCCCUAAGACAAUUGAGCAGAUUCAUAAAGAAGCAAAAAUUGAAGAGCAGGAAGAACAGAGAAAGGUCCAGCAACUCAUGACCAAAGAGAAGAGAAGGCCAGGUGUCCAGAGGGUAGAUGAAGGCGGAUGGAACACCGUGCAGGGGGCGAAGAGCAGUCGAGUGCUGGACCCCACCAAAUUCCUUAAAAUCACUAAGCCCACAAUCGAUGACAAGAUUCAGCUUGUGCCUAAAGCCCAGUUGGGCAGCUGGGGGAAGGGCAGCAGUGGCGGAGCAAAGGCAAGCGAGAUUGACUCCUUACGACCAAGUGCCACUAGUUUGAACAGAUUUUCUGCACUGCAGCCUCCAGUGUCAUCUGUAUCUGCCUCAUCUGCUUCCUCAGAGUUAGACUCUCGAAGGGCCUUAACUAGUCGUGGGAGCACAGGCAGAGAGAAGAAUGACAAACCGCUCCCAUCGUCAGUCACUCGUCCAAGCACCUUCUUGCGGGGUAGCAGCAGUAAAGAGCUGCUGCUAGAUAAUCAGGCGCAAGAAGAACAGCGAAGAGAGAUGCUAGAGACUGUGAAACAGCUAACGGGAGGCAUGGAGAUAGACAGAAACAGUGCGGAGGCAGACAGGAACAAAGCCAAGGAAACCGCCAAGCCAGAAACUGCCACAGCUCCGGUACAAGACAAGCCUUCGCUAUCAGAAGAGGAAAUGGAGAGAAAAUGCAAAUCCAUCAUUGAUGAGUUUUUGCACAUUAAUGAUUAUAAGGAAGCAAUGCAGUGCGUGGAGGAGCUGAAUGCGCAGAAUCUGCUGCCUGUUUUUGUGCGAGUCGGAGUGGAGUCUACCCUGGAGCGGAGUCAGAUCACCAGGGAUCACAUGGGCCAGUUACUACAUCAGUUGGUGCAGUCAGGAAAGCUAAGCAAGCAGGACUUCUUCAAGGGCUUUUCAGAUACCUUGGAGAUGGCAGAUGAUAUGGCCAUUGACAUACCCCACAUUUGGUUGUACCUAGCUGAAUUGGUGACCCCCAUGUUAAAAGAAGGAGGAAUCUCUAUGAGAGAACUUAUAACAGAAUUUAGCAAACCUUUACUUCCUGUGGGAAGAGCUGGGGUCUUGCUUUCUGAGAUAUUGCACCUUCUAUGCAAACAAAUGAGCCAUAAGAAAGUGGGAGCCUUAUGGAGGGAGGCUGGCCUCAGUUGGAAGGACUAUUUACCAGAAGGGGAGGACGUACACACCUUUCUCAUGGAGCAGAAGUUGGACUUCACAGAGUCCGACUGUUCCAGUUCCUCAGAAGCACUUUCAGAGAAAGAUCUCUCUGCUGAAGAGCUAAACAAACAGCUAGAGAAACUCAUUAUUGAGGACAAGACGAACGAUGAACAGAUCUUUGACUGGGUAGAGGCUAAUCUAGAUGAAAGCCAGAUGAGUUCACCUACAUUCCUUAGAGCUUUAAUGACAGCAGUUUGUAAAGCAGCUAUUAUAGCGGACUCGUCUAGCUUCCGUGUGGACACUGCUGUUAUCAAACAGAGAGUGCCGAUCUUACUCAAGUACCUAGACUCAGAUACAGAGAAGGAACUACAAGCACUUUAUGCACUACAAGCAUCAAUAGUAAAACUUGAUCAACCUCCUAAUUUGUUGCGGAUGUUUUUCGAUUGCCUGUAUGACGAGGAGGUAAUAUCAGAGGAUGCCUUCUACAAGUGGGAAAGCAGCAAGGACCCGGCGGAGCAGAACGGGAAAGGAGUAGCACUGAAAUCAGUCACUGCGUUCUUCACGUGGUUACGGGAGGCGGAAGAGGAAUCAGAGGAUAAUUAAAACUUAAAAUACAGAAAACAAAGCAAACAAAGAAACAAUUUAAGUAUUUUUUUAAAAAGUUUCACGUCUUCGCCAAUCACAGUGCAGCAAGGCCAAUUCUCGCGCAGAACCCCCCCCUUCCCCCACACAUGCACGAGUGGGAGAGGAAACAAUAGAUAAACACAAAGGUGAUCAUGGAGGAAAUAAGGUACUUGAAAAAAAAUAAGUAAACUUCAAACCUGAGGGUGGGAGCACUAAACCAAAACACAUGUAUUAUUUAUAGAAAAUAUUUUGUUUUAAUCUUUUUUUUUUUUUUCCUUUCCUUUUUAAGCAAGGACUCAUACUUAAAAAACAGAUCUGUUUAGCAAAAAUUAAAAAAAAAAACAGUUGAAAACUUUUAAUUUAUUAUUUUAAGAACU